AUGAAGUCCUCCCAGGCUUUGAUGCCCACGUUGGGCGCCCUUCUUUCAUUCAUUGCCAGUCCAGCUCUUGCCUUGGAUCUUCUCCCUAUUGAAGCGCCUCAAGCCGGUCUUGAUGCAAGGGCUGCCGACUACUCUGCUCUCAACCUGCAGAGUGUAGAGACUUUCCUUUGGGGCGGCUCUGACACCAUCAAUACUGCCAUCGCAAACCUCACCGUUUACAUGAACGGCAAGGAGGAAAACAUUCUUAACCUAGAGCGUUUCAAGGAUCUCGUUACAUCGGUCAAAUGUGCUGAAAAGUCGACCACUUUGACCUUGGAAAGCGAUGACGCUUUUGCUCAUUUGAUGGAGGCCUGGGACUGGACCAACCAGCACGAGAACAACACCUUCGUCCUGAUUGCUGGAAGCGGACAGUGUUCCUCGAGCAGCAAGCGCCAGCCCUACAUUAUCGAGUCUGUCGAAUACGACAACACCACCAACACUGCAACCUUGAACGGCGCGCAGUCUGAUUGGAAAACAGUUGCCCAUACCUAUGAUCUGCAUGUCGGUGGCACGCCCUCUUCGAAGUUGGCACAGCGUGACUACUCGGGCUCCUAUGCACUGAACUUCACCCACACUAUCAACUUCGGCAAAUGGGCCUUCGAUGCUGUAGAAGGUGUCCAGAUAACUGCCGUUUGCAAUGACUGCUACACUACUGGCGAGUUUGACUUUAACUUUGAUAUCAAAACCGUUCUUGGUAUUCCAGAUGGUGCCAGCCUCACUCUCAACCCCAAGGGCGUGACUGCUGUCGUUAAUCCCACUAUCGGACUGGUCGGAAAGUUGAGCGGCAGCAAAUCUUUCGAGAAAAAAUUUCUUACUAUCCCCAUUGACGGUAUCAGUGUCGCCGACAUUAUUGAAUUGGGCCCUGAAAUUGCGUUCAAAGGCAGUCUGGACAUCGGCCCUCUCAAGGGUACCGCGUCUGUCACCACAGGCGUUACCCUGACCAUCAAUGACGAUGCCGACUUCACUCUCGACCUUUUGUCGCCAUCUGAUGCCUCUGCCAAUGGAUGGGCACCCGAGGUUACUGGAGAUGACACGACGAUUACUGCCAUGAUCAGUGGCGGUGUUUCGCUUGGUGUUGUGGCUGAUGUUGAGUUUGAUAUCUCGGUGCUUGGCAAGGGCCUGUCUGCUGGUAUCGGCCUGAACCCCCUCGCCGGUGUGCUUCUGUCUGCUAUUGACUCAUCCGCUGGAGCUUGCGCAGACGACCCCGAGCACCACCAGUACGGUGUUCAGCUGGCUCCUUACGCAGGUGUCUACCUCCAGGCCAGUGUUAGCGAUGUUGCUACAGUGACUAUUACCUCUGAAACCAUUUCCUUGCCAUCUACUUGCACCGGAUUUGGAGCGGCUUUGACUAGCGGAGUUUCCACCACUGUCGUGCCAACCACGACUGCUGUUCCUACUCCUUCGGGCUCGGUUAUCCCGUCCUCCAGCGCUGCUAUUAACCGGAGAGCGCCCCGUCCUACCUCCUUCUAA